AUGUCGCCGCCAAACCUCUCCAACGCCAACCUGUGGCGCACCGACUGCUACAUCAACGGCGAAUGGGCCAGGGCAUCAACAGGCAACGCCUUCACCGUCAUCAACCCCUCGACUGAACGCACGAUCGCCACUCUUCCGGACUGCACAGCCCAAGACGUCAGUAUUGCCUCCAACCACGCCGCACGCGCGUUCAAAAACUGGAAAACAACCAAUCCCAAAACUCGCGGCACCAUACUCCGCAAAUGGGCUGACCUCCUCAUCGCCAAUGCCGCAGAUAUCGGCACGAUCCUCACGAUGGAGAACGGCAAGCCAUAUGCCGAAGCCAAGGGCGAAGUCGCCUUCGCGGCAUCCUACCUGCACUUCUACGCGGGCGAAGCGGAGCGGCAGUACGGAGAAGUCGUUCCAUCGUUAACGAAUGCGGACAAUCGUGUCUUCGCACUGCAGCAGCCGAUCGGUGUGGUGGCAUGUCUGACGCCCUGGAACUUCCCAGCGGCGAUGGUGACGAGGAAGGCUGGGGCCGCAAUCGCGGCAGGCUGUUCUGUUGUGCUGAAGCCGGCAGGGGAGACGUCGCUGACGGCGCUUGCGAUUGCACAUUUGGGUGCUGAGGCGGGCUUGCCGGCCGGCGUGCUCAAUGUCGUAACCUGUGGUCCGCAGAGGCUCGCGGAGGUCGGAGAGGCGCUGUGUCGGGAGCCCACGAUCAAGAAGCUGUCGUUCACUGGCUCAACUGCUGUUGGGAAGUUGUUAAUGAAGCAGUGUGCGGACAGUCUCAAGAAGCUGAGUCUCGAGCUCGGCGGGAACGCGCCGUUCAUUGUGUUUGACGACUGUGACCUUGAGACGGCGCUUGACGCCGUCAUGGCGGCCAAGGUAAGGAACUCAGGUCAGACGUGUGUUUGUGCGAAUCGGAUCUACGUGCAGCGCGGAGUGUAUGAGGCUUUUUCGAAGGGGCUGGUGGGUAGAUUCCAGAAGCUCAAAUUUGGUGAUGGAUUUGGAGACGGCGUAGUUGUUGGACCGCUGACAACGGGGAGAGGGUUGGAGAAAGUGCAGGCCCAUGUUCGGGACGCGAUCCAGAAGGGAGCUGAUGUACUGUUUGGGAAACCGACGGAAAAGUCAGAAUCGAGUGGUGAUGGCGGCAGUGGCUUCUUCGUCCAACCAGCUGUGCUGUCAGGCAUGAAGCCGGACAUGCUGUCACACGGCGAGGAGAUCUUUGGGCCUGUCGCACCCCUGUAUGCCUUUGACACAGAAGAAGAGGUUCUGGAGAUGGCCAAUGCAUCUGAGGUGGGGCUGGGUAGCUAUGUGUGCACGCAGGACCAUGCAAGGAUGUGGCGGAUGGGCGAGGGUCUCGAAGUUGGUAUGGUCGCCAUCAAUACCGGUGUCAUUGCUGGCGGAGAGAUACCCUUCAGUGGGGUGAAGCACAGCGGCUUUGGUGUCGAGGGCGGAAAGUGGGGCCUGCAGGAGUUUCAGAUUACCAAGACCAUGGUGAUGGCUGUACCUGACAGACGCGCGAGUAAAGCAAGAAUAUAA